AUGGAAGGAUUCAUAUAAAAUAAAAGGAAAAAGGAAAAAGAAGGGGAAGAGGAGGAAGAAUCAAAGGAAAAAAGAAAGUAAAUUAAUUAAUUAAAUAAAUAAAAACAAGAAGAAGAGAAAAUUUAUUAAUAAAAAAAAGAUUAAAAAAGAAAGAAAUAUUUAUAUCAAAGAAAAGAAAUGACUAUCUUUGCUGAAACUUGGGAAGCUUCUGAAUAUUAAUACAGAAACAAGGCUAACCUUAAGACUUUACCUGUUAACCACCUUGGUAAAUUGGCUGAACUCAAGUUCGAUUUCGUUGAAUACAAGGCUCACUAAUUGAUUGCUUGUCACUUAUAUGAAAGAAUGACUAUUCAUUGCAUGAAUUAAUAUGGCUUAUUCAAGGACUUCUACAGACCAGAAUGCCUCGAUGCUUAAUACUACUUCAAGACCUGUGUCGAAUUAAAUGCCGCCUAUGGUAUUCAAAAGAAGUUUUUCCCCGAACAUUUCGUUGGUUCUCCUUAUGCUAGACCUGUUCCUCAAUUCUAACAACUUGGUCUUUGA